AUGGACGGCAGCGAUGAUGACAGAUUUUUGUGGAAAUACUUUUUAAGGCAGCUGAUAAUCUGCAGUGGAGCUUGGACAUGCUAUUUCAUCAUUGGCUUGUUCUCCGGAGCCCCAGCUGUCUUCAUACCCCAGAUGAGGAAUGAGACCAAUAACAUGGAGAUCAUUGAUGAAGAAAUGGCGUCCUGGAUACCAUCCAUCACAUGUUACGUCGGUGUACCCUGGGUAGUGAUACUCCCAAUCAUCAUACGAGUCUACGGCAGAAGAAUCCCUUUCAUCAUAGUCUCCGUAAAUGCUUUCAUUGGGUCCCUGGUCUUCUACUUCAGCGAAACUGUUAUCCACAUCAUCACCAGCGAAGUCAUCCAAGGCGUGGUGGCCGCAGCUUAUCUGACCCUCACAAUAGUUAUAAUCACAGAGUACACCUCGCCCAAAUAUCGGGGUGUCUUUCUGACCAUGAAACUGGCGUCAUAUUAUUGGGGAGUUUGGAUGGCUAAUGCUAUUGGAACAUUUUUCCACUGGAAAUAUAUUGCUCUCUGUGGUAUUGUCUGUUCAAUUUACAAUAUCAUAACGUUGGCAGCGUGGACUGAAUCUCCUUAUUGGUUAGCCAGUAGGGGUUUCAAAGAACGAUGCAUCAAAUCCCAUCGAUGGUUGAAAGGCACAAGUGCAGAAGAAGAAAAAGAAUUGAGCAGGCUAAUUCGAUAUGAGACAAUAGAUCCUGAAAUUAAAGAUCAUUGCUGUGGACCUGCUAUAAUGACUGGGGUGUUGUUUGGAGAAAUAGUUCCUGUUAAAAAUAGAAGCUUAUACUUAGGCACUGUGGGGAUUUUACAUAAAAUUGUCAGUGGAACUUUACUGAAGUUGGCGCCGGCGAGCUUCGAAAAAUUCGGGUUACAUGGAGCUUUUCUAUUUUUCGGCUUGACCACCUCUGUUUUGUUGAUAGUCAUAUAUAAAUAUAUGCCUGAAACUAAAGGUAAAAGCUUGCUGGAAAUAGAUGAUUGCUUCCAAGAAGUAAAAAAGACAGAACAAACCAACAAAACAGAUAAUAUAACCGAUGAGACAACCGAAGAACUUUUAAAAUAA